AUUUCAUAAUGAAUCGGCAUAAUUUUUACACUUCUCAUAAUAACAUAAAAGAUGCAUAGUGUUGUGUUUUGCAACAUUGCUUCAGCAAAGCACUCUCACUCGCAGUCAGCAUCUGGGGAGCAAGUUCAGCACAGGUGGAGUCAGAAUCGGACAGGUUUCACAGGUGUGCUGCUGCUGCUACAUUACAACAACAAUAGUAUACGCUCGCAUUGAGUAAAACUCUGAAAAACAACUGAUUGCACAGAGAUAUCCAUGUUCAUUUAGUUACAGUGUCUGUCUAUCAUCUCUUAAUUCAAUUCAAAACAAUCAAGAAUACUGUAUGCACAAAAAUGCCAGAGUCAAACCAGCAUCACCACACAAGGAACAAAGACUACUCGAGCCAACAAAGGAGAGAUGGAGAGAGAGAAGGGGAGCACAGACAUGAGAAAAGAUACAAGGAGGACAGGAGAACACCUGAUGGGGAAGACAGAUCACACAGACAUAAACAAAGGGAUGGUUACACUGACAGGGAAUCCACUCUGUAUGAGGACACCUAUAAUCAUAGUCGGGGAGUGCCCAGUACGGCGACGUCAUACUAUGAUGAUGGUGAACCACAACAUAUAGGGGCACUUUACAAUCUAAGAUACAUCACCACAAGCAGAGGCAUCUGUCAGGCCAUGGAAUUCGCCUUAAACCUGUUGAUUGUCAUCUGCGCUGGAGUGCCCUAUAGUAACACUGGCCGGUAUCAAGACAUUGCCAGUUUGGGCGGUUUGUACCAAUACUAUUAUGGAGGAGCCAAUGCAUUCACUGGAGCAGAGGCUCAGAAGGUACAGCAGCUCGAUGAUCAGUUCUAUCAGCUCAAGCUUCCCCCAUACAUCUUCAGCAUGGCAUGUGGAGGGGCAUUAAUGGUUUAUGCUGGUGCCAUGUUUGCUCUGGGAGUGUUUCGUGUACCGUACCGUUUCCCUCCUCUGCUGCUUGCUGAAGCCUUGUUGGAUGUGCUCAUAGGUAUUGGUUUUAUUCCUGCUUUGGCCUUCUACUUCAUAAAGCUGCAAGAGAUCUACAAAAACCCCAUCUGUAAAGAGAGGGAAUUGCUGUACUCGAGCAAAGGUCACAGAGGAUUUGAGUGCAAUCUUAAUGGGGCAGACAUAGCAGGGGGUUUGUUUGGUGCUCUGGGAAUUAUUAUUUUUCCCAUGAGUGCCGUGCUGGCCAUCAGAGCUUUCAUAAGAGUGCGGAAGAUGAAGCAGAGACAGACAGAAGACGGCAACCUCUGAAGGGCAUUUACACCGUUUCGUGAAGAGAUUAACAAAAAAUUUUAUCAGCAUUAAUGUGAAUGUUUGGUUACUGUUUAUACAGAACUUUAAACGGUCAAACAUAUUUUAUAUAUAGAUAUUUUUAUAAAGUUUUAAUGCAUUGAUUUUGUCUAGUAGAUAUUUUAUAAGCAACCAUUAGAGCUUUAGAAAUUAAGAAAUCUAAUUAUUUUUAUAUUAUAAUAUGAUUUCCUUUUGUCUUUUUUUUUAAUCACACAUGAAGUACUGUUACUAUUUUUCUAUUCAGUUACUCUACA